CAUACAGACACAACUCACCUACACUCCUCUCUACCCAAGAACAACCUCAACAACCAACACCAUGUGUGGCUACUACGGAAACUACUAUGGCGGCAGAGGCUAUGGCUGCUGUGGCUAUGGAGGCUAUGGCUAUGGAGGCCUGGGCUGUGGCUAUGGAGGCUAUGGCUAUGGAGGCCUGGGCUGUGGCUAUGGUUCCUACUAUGGCUGUGGCUACCGUGGACUGGGAUGUGGCUAUGGCUGUGGCUAUGGCUAUGGCUCACGCUCUCUGUGUGGCUGUGGCUAUGGAUACGGAUCUGGCUAUGGAUCUGGAUUUGGCUACUAUUAAUGAAGACACCAUGGGAGACUCUCACCUGCUCCACUUGUGAUUCCAGGAUUACCCAAUUCUCCACCCCACGUGUUCUGAAGCUUAGACUUGGAUGAAGAUGAUCCUACAGUGAAAUGAGGUCCAUGGUUGGCUGAUAUUGACCUGCAUGAAGUUGACCCAUUCCCUGACAUUACCAUCUCAAAUGGAGUGGAAUGAAAAUCAGCUGCAAACUCUUAUCUUUGUCUUCAUCACAAUGAUGACAAUAGAGCAAAAGCCUUAUUGACUUUUGUUUUGGAAUUUGUAUCUCUGAUGUCCUAAUAAAAUUAUUUAACCUACCAAGUUUUUCUAGUCAUUUAAUGUUCAAUAUUACAUAACACUUUCAAUUUAGUUUUCAAGAAAGAAUCAUCAUGGGUUAUGCAUGGUUCAUCAGAGAAACACAGUCAAUUUAAUGUGUAUAAAUGUUAUUAUAUAAUUGUCUCAGAGGUAACCA